UGGCUGAUAUUCACGAUAACAUUUCUACUCUUCCGUGAUAGUAGAAGAGAGUCUCUGAGUAUACUACUUUGCUGUAUAAUCACAGACAGAUACAAGUCGAGUCUGCUUCUACCAGCACUUCACCGACUAUUCAGGUACGAGACCCUGAAGCGCACGUACCUGAGAUCAUCAUCUCGGCCAUCAACCCAUUAAACCGGCAACAUCUUCAUCCGUUCUCAAUUCCAGAUCCAGAUCGUCGAUAUGCUCGCCAGAUCGCGUCUCAAAAUCAGACCAGGCUCUCUGUACUCAUCCAGUCACUGCUACAGAACCACUCUGACCUCCUCUCACCAUGGUCUCCCUCGCAGAGCAUCCCUCUCCUCUUCAUCAAAGCAAUCCACCACCACUACAUCCAGAACCAAGAUCGCCACAGCGGCGGCAGUAGUCGCCACAGCUGCCGCAUCAGCAUGCUACGUAAACUACAACAAAACCGGUCUGAUUCACAACGACACCCGCCCGGUCGAACCAUCGAAGCUGCCGCCAAACUACGCCGCCGUCACCGGCCCAACUGUCGAGCUCCCGCGUCCGUUCUCGACAAAGUCGACGCGCAUGCUCGACGACCACGACGUCUCGUCGAGGAUCAGAGAACAUGAGGAGUCGUAUACUGUCGAUCGCAACUCGGGAGUCACGAGAUUCGACGUCGAUCAGCUGGCGAGUAACCCGCAGAUUGAGGACGAUUUCGUGGUCAAGGUCGUCAACGUCGACUUUGCGGACGGCAAGCAUGAUUGGUGCUUUUUUGGCGUCUUUGAUGGCCAUGGAGGAUGGAACACAUCAGCAAAGCUGAGGGAACUACUCGUUCCUUAUGUCGCACGCGAGCUGACUGCGACAAUCGAGCCCUCCAAGGUUUCCUCGGCUUAUAGCCUCGAGUCCCCCGAGAACGCGAGCAAGAUCGACGAGGCAAUCCAGUCUGCGUUUCUCAGACUAGAUGACGACAUCGUGAAAAAGCCAUUCAACUACCUUCUCGAGAACCCGUCCAUGCCCGCGUCGGCGGAGAUGCUCAUGCCCGCAAUGUCGGGAUCCUGCGCUCUGCUCUCGGUAUACGACGCCGCUACCUCGACCCUCCGUGUAGCCUGCACCGGCGACUCGCGCGCGGUCUGGGGACACAGAAACCAGUCUGGCGAGUGGACAGCCACGCCGCUCUCUUACGACCAGUGCGGCCGCAACCAGUCCGAGGCGCAGCGGAUCCGCUCUGAGCAUCCAGGCGAAUCCGGCGUGAUUGAGCGCGGCCGCGUACUAGGCCGUCUCGAGCCCACGCGUGCGUUUGGCGACGCGCGCUACAAGCUUCCGCAGAACAUGAUCAAUAACGCGGUCAGAAUGUUCUUUGGCCGUGUGGCACCGGAUAACAGCGUCUCGCCUCCGUACGUGACGGCGAAGCCCGACGUCGUGACUGCAAAGGUCCAGCCUGGUGAUUUCCUCAUCCUCGCCACCGACGGAAUCUGGGACGAGAUCUCGUCGACCGAUGCCGUGCAGCUUGUGGUCGAGUGGGUCAAAAAACACGAGGUCGAGCAUAAAGGUCUUCCCCCGCCGGGCGUGCACUCGCACGUUCGCAAGGGCGGCAUUCUGGCGCCAAUUUCCGACCACUCUGACGUGAAGAUCGUGAACGACACUGCUGCGUUUAGCGAGCGCAUGCGGGGAGGACAUGCGCGUGCCGAUAGCGAGUUGCGUCGCUCGACGGCGCCGCAGAAGAGGUUCAAGGGAAUGUUUGUGAUUGAGGAUGAUAACGCGGCAGCGCAUAUCAUCAGGAACUCGCUUGGCGGCGCGGAUAAAGAUCGGACGGCGAUGCUGCUUAGCAUUCCGCCUGGCUCGUCGCGAAGAUAUAGAGACGAUAUGACGUGUCUUGUUGUUUUCUUUGGCGACAAGACGGAGCAGGAAGCUAGUGGGAAGAUUACACCGAUAAAGUAGGUGAUGCGGUAGACGGUAGACUGUUGCAUCAUAGUACAGUAUUAUUAGUAGU